CGAAAAUUUUGAUUUUGUCUGUAGAACUUUAGAAAAAUAAUUUAUUUAUGAAGUGGACGUUAGAUAGUAUCUUUUGACAAAAUAGGUUAGCUUGAAUAUUGAGUGUAAUGGAUGAUAAGAACAUUGAAAGUUCAACAGAAGAGGAUUCCUCUAUUGGCAAUGAUGUUCUGUUGAGUGCGAGAAUUAGACAACUUGAAGCAGCAAAAGAUGAGGACUCUGCAGGAAAGCAAAGUGAUCUGGGGCAGGAGGAAGAUGACAGUAACGAUGUUUCUGAUAAUUUUGAUAACUUUGUGAAUAUGAAACGUGUGCUAGAUAUGAUCCACAUUGUCUUAACUGACAAAGAGGAUGAAGCAUCUGAUUCAAGUGACAUUAAGGAGCCUCCAGUUCUUCCAUGUCAAGAACCGGAAAAAGUUCUAGAAGACAGUGAAGAAGUGAACACCUCAAGCAGUGAAGACAGUGGCAGUACUGUAAAGGCGUGGAGGAUUCUUACUGACCGCGUGAGGAGGAAGCGCUCAGGCACCGCUGUCAGCCGGAAGGGACGGAGGCCCGGUCAAGGGUCAGCGUACAGUGCAACCAAGAAAAGGUCUGGUACGGCGUCCCGGAGCACCGCGGCGCCGCCCCUGCGCCGGUCCUCUCGCUCCACCGUGACCGGCAGGGCGUCGCCGCUGACGCCAUCCACGCUGGACGCCGAGGAGGACCUGGAAGGCGGGGCGGAGGACCACCCGUCGCCGCCCCCGCAGCUGCCGCCGCUGCCGCCCCUGUCGACGGCGGGCAUGCUGCGGCGCGCCGCGGAGAGGGGGGCGGCGCCGCCCCCGGGCGUCCGCCCCCUGGCGGCGGCGCGCCGGCCCGUGGCCUGCAGCGUCGGGGGACCAGUGCUGGCGCUGCUCGAGGCGCUGCCGCCCCACGGCCUGGAGCUGCCCGCCGGGCUCGCCCUCCUCGACGUCCACUUCCACAUGCCCACCAACAUUCUGAUGAUAGAUGUGGCCAAAUGA